GCAGUAGUUCCGGCGCCAGCAACGGCGGACCGGCGUUCCAGCUUUCUAAUUAGUUACCUAGUUAUCGAAUGACUUGGUGUGGAGUGGCAAAGUUAAGACGAUGGCGGCACUAAGUAUAACCCACCAUGGUGAUAGCUCUCAGUCAAUUGUGUGAUAAGUCUAAUGAUCACAUACUGUUCUCAACUUAUUGGAUGGCUUGUAUGGAAUGUAUGGAAUGUAUCACCAAGAUUGAUUGUUUGUUUAUGAGUAGCAUGAAUGGUAGAUUAUUGGCACGUGAACGAGCUGGAUUACGCAUGGAAGCGGCGGUAAUAGCGGUGAGAUACUGCCAUGGCUGGCUCGGCUGGUGUGAUCUCACGUGUCAAGCUUACAAUACCACCGCGUACUGUCAUAUAUUACGCAGGUGUGUAAGGAAUCAAAGACAAGAAAAUGAAAGAAACGCCCAGCAACUCAAAUUAGCUCAAAGCAGGCAUCAUCGUCAAAGGAGAGGGGCCAAACAACCUUGGCCCCAUCUGAUGGAUCAUGGAACGACUGACUAACUCUCUGUCUACGGUGAACUUUUGUGUCUUCGGCAGCCGACAUGAACACUCUCACAUAGUGA